AUGAUUCGAAGACAAGAUCAUAUGGUGUUGAAGCGAAUCAUCAGAGAAUGCUUCCCAGUUGUUUCCGAUGGUUUAAUCCGUGUACAGUAUCUCAUCAAAUUUCUUCAAGUCAUCAUGAAGCUGGUAUACAAAUACGCACAAGAAAGACCUGUAAUGUUCUCAAGCUUCCAACCCGAUGUUGCCUUGAUCAUGAAGAAACUUCAAACUAAAUACCCAGUUUACUUCUUGACAAACAGAGGAACCGAGAUAUUCGAUGAUGUUCGAAUGAAUUCGUUGGAAGAAGCCAAGAAGCUUGCAAUCAAUGGUGGAUUGGAUGGAAUCGUUUUCGAAGUAAAGGAUAUUUUCAGAUACCCUUCGGUUGUAAGAGAAAUCAAAGAAUCAAAUCUUUCUCUCUUGACUUAUGGAAAAUUGAAUAAUGUUCCUGAAGCUGUUCAUGUUCAAUAUCUAAUGGGCGUUGAGGGUCUUCCCUCAUAA